AUGCGGACGACCAUCUGGGCCCUGCUGGGCCUGGGUGUUGUACUACCCCAGGCUCUGGCCUCCGACACACUCAGCACUUCGGGCUUUUCUCUGUGCAUGCAGGAUUCCGAGAUUGAAGUGCAGAAACUCGAUGUCUCCUAUACUAAAUCUACUCAAGAAGUUGUCUUCGAUGUGGCUGGUACCAACUCGAAGGAACAAAAUGUCACCGCCACCCUGACGGUGACCGCCUAUGGCAGUCAAGUUUAUUCGAAAACUUUUAAUCCUUGCGGGACUGAGGUCCAUGUUGCAGAGCUGUGCCCUGUUCCAUCGGGUCACUUCAGUGCCUCGGGCUCAAUGGCUGUUCCCGACGAAUAUGCAAGCCAGAUUCCAUCAAUCGCCUUCAGCAUUCCCGAUUUGGAUGGUCAGGCCAAGCUGACUCUCACCUCAAACGGCAAGGACGUCGCCUGUGUGGAAUCCGAACUUUCAAACGGUAAAUCCACCGAUGUGAAGGGUGUCGCAUGGGCAACGGCUGGUAUUGCGGCGGGUGCAUUGGCCUUGAGUGGUUUGUCUGCUCUCGGUAGCGCUGGUAGCACCGGUGCACCCUCCUCCAGCCCGUCGGCUGGCGACGUGGUGGGAUGGUUUGGCUCCGUGGCUACGAAUGGCAUGUUGAGUGUCAGCCACCCAACCAUCUAUAAGAGUUUCACCAAGAAUUUUGCCUGGAGCACUGGGUUGAUCCCGUGGUCCAGCAUGCAAAACUCAAUCGACGCCUUCCGAAAGGCUACCGGUGGAAACACGACCCAUGAGAGCUAUAUCUAUCUUAGCGGCCUGAGUACCGCCUCGUCAUCGAAUGGAACCUCUUCCAAGCGCAGCCUGGAUCUCGUGUCCCGUGCGGCAAACUUGAUCGCGCGCUCCAGCUCCAACUCUAGUUCCUCGGAUCUCACCGACUGCGGGUCCGUGAGUGUCAACAGUUUCAAAUGUUAUUCAGAGGAGCUCUCGAUUCCCUCGGCAAACAUCUUCAUGACCGUUCUCCUUGUCUUCGCCAUCGUUGUCGCCGUUGUCGUCGUGGGUAUCCUUUUGCUCAAGGUUAUCCUCGAACUCUGGGCGCUGUACGGUAACUUCCCCAAGAAGCUUACCGAGUUCCGGAAAGACUACUGGGGUAUUAUGGCACGUACCAUUACCAACAUGAUUCUCAUUCUCUACGGCAUCUGGGUCAUGUACUGUGUGUAUCAAUUGCGGAAUGGUGACUCGUGGGCUGCCAAGCUCCUAGCUGCCGUGACACUGUCCGUGUUCACAGCGCUUCUGGCAUUCUUCGCUUGGCGCAUCAUUUACCUGGCUCGCAAGUACAAGAAGGCCGAAGGUGAUACCACCGGUCUGUACGAGAACAAGGAAACCUGGCGCAAGUAUAGUCUAUUCUACGAUAACUACAAGAAAGAUCUGUGGUGGCUGUUCGUACCGGUGAUUGUGUAUGCCUUGGCCAAGGGAUGCAUUAUUGCUGGUGCCGAAGGCCACGGUAUGGUCCAGACCAUUGGCCAGUUGGCUGUUGAAUGCUGCAUGUUGGCCUUGCUCUUGUGGAACCGGCCCUAUGCCACCAAGUCCUCGAUGGGUAUCCACAUGACUAUUCAAAUUGUGCGCGUCCUGUCCAUCGCCUGUGUGCUGGUCUUUGUGGAAGAACUCGGUCUCUCCCAGACUACCAAGACCGUGACCGGUAUCGUGCUGAUCGUCGUCCAAUCUGCUCUUUCGGGUGUUCUUGCCAUCCUCAUCGCCGUCAAUGCUAUCAUUGUCUGCAUUCGGGAGAACCCUCACGCCAAGAAGCUCCGCGAAGCCGAAAACGCCAACAAGGACCUCGACGAUCUCACCCCACUUGACGCACGCGAGUCCCUUCUGAUCGACCAUCCGCCCAAGCGCGACUUUACCGAGAUGAGCAAGUUCAACUUCAACGCACCCUACGAGCCAUACCGGGACCACCCAGUCAACCGAUCCAACUCGACUGGUAGCAACGACCGUCUCGUCUACGCCGACUACGGUGUCGCACACGGCCGCAGCCAAAGCCCCGAAUCCCGGUCUUCACUUGAAGGCCGGAAGCCAACUGCCCCCGGUUACGGCAUGGCCUAUUAA